AUGACGUCCAAGCACCAACAUCAAGAACAAGGACAAGGAAAAAAUAAAGCAGUUACUUUAAUAAUAUGUGUUUGUGGAUUAUAUGGAACAUUUUUAACUUGGUCGAUUUUACAAGAACGUAUAAAUACAAAACCAUAUGGUGAUGAUAAUAAUGAAUAUUUCAAAGCACCAAUAAUUAUAAAUUUAAUUCAAGCAUUAUUUGCCUCAAUAAUUGGUUUCAUAUAUAAUUAUGUCACCAUCACAUCAACCACCAAAUUCAAAUCAUCACCAAAAGGAGAAGGAUUGCAGGAUUCCAACAACAACAAUAAUAAUCCAUUUUCUAUAUUUAUCACUAAUGGAAAACAAAAUUAUAAUGUUUUAAAAUUUAUGAUUUUAAUUUCAAUUACUUCUAGUAUUGCCUCACCAAUUGGUUAUAAAUCAUUAAAACAUUUAGAUUAUUUAGCUUAUUUAUUAGCAAAAUCAUGUAAAUUAAUUCCAGUUAUGAUAGUUCAUUUUAUAUUUUAUCAAACUAAAUUCCCCAAUUAUAAAUAUUUAGUAGCUGGAUUAGUCACUUUAGGGGUUAUUUUAUUUACUAUGGCUCAUGCUACUACCAAAACCAAAAUUAAUGAUGGUAAUACAUUAUUAGGAUUGACUUAUUUAAUUGGAUCAAUGAUAUUAGAUGGAUUAACUAAUUCAACUCAAGAUCAAUUAUUUAAAUUACCUUUAGAAAAUAAAUUAACUAGUGGGAAAUUAAUGUCAUUAUUAAAUUUAUUCAUCUUUAUUUGGACAAGUUUAUAUACUGUUAUUUUCCAUAAAGUUGAAAUUGAUUAUACAAUUAAUUUCAUUAAUAAUUAUCCCGAAUUAUUGAUUGAUAUUAUGGGAUUUGCUAUUUGUGGUGCAAUUGGACAAGUAUUUAUAUUUAUUAUUCUUGAAAAAUUUGAUUCAAUCAUUUUAAUAACUGCCACAGUGACAAGGAAAAUGUUAAGUAUGAUUCUUAGUGUGAUUUUAUUUGGUCAUCAUUUAAGUUGGGAACAAUGGGUUGGUGUUGGAUUAGUAUUUGGUGGUAUUGGACUAGAAGCUUUCAUUAAAUUUAAACAACAACAACAACAACAAAGUCAAAAGAAUCUUAAAUCAAAAGUAGCAUAG